AAUGCUUGCAUACCUAACACUGAGGGACCGCCACUUGUCUGGGGUUCUGCUGGCCGUCCGACCCGUUGCUUCUUCUGAAGUCAGAGCUAUCUAUAAAAUAUUUAUUUUCAAGAAAAUACAGCCUCUGAUUGGCUAGAAGGUUUGUAUUUUAUGUGCUUAUUGGUUGAGCAUGAGAAGAGAAAGCCCACGGGCUGCCUUUGCACAUCUUGUUCCGGAAGAAUAAUACCCACCUACCUGUGAGGAAGACUGCAGGAGGCAGUGGGCGUGGGUGAGCGCAUCCAGGUGCGAGGGACAGGACCCUUGAUGAAAGCCAGGGCCUUCUGGAAGUGUUUCGUUCAUUUAUUCACUAAAUAUUUAAGAGCCUACUCUUGUGGCAGACGCUCUGCUAGGCACCGGGGAUGCAGGAACAACACAGCAUUCCUGUCCUGCGGUGACCUUCUAGUGAGUCAUCAGACACUAAGUCAAAGUAAGCAAGGUAGAAAAAGCUGGGUGCACAAGGGAAGCGGGGAGGAGGGAGGGGCUGCAGCCUGCCUGAGGGGAAUGGCUGCCAUAUUAAAUAUGAUAGUAACAUUUGCUGCAGGAUGCAUGCAACACAGUCGAUACUGUAAGUAGACAGCGACGAGUUCGUUUACAUCCCCACAGUUUCUAACUUCAAAUGGGCCCAACAUCUUUCGAUAUACCUUGUCACUGGGAAAAGUGGGUUAGAGCCUCAUAUUGUGGGUCCCCUCGUAUUCGGAUGUUUACGGUACUCUUAGCCGCGGGCGCCGCGGAUCCUCUGGGCGUGGGCCCCGCCCCCGCCGCGGCGCGCGUGCGCGAGGAUAAAAGCGAGGCCCCGUGGGCGCGUGGUCAGUGCCAGGGCGGGGGCGGUGCGGCAAGUGGCUGCAUGGCGCAGUGCGGAGUGCGGCGGACAGCGGCCCUGGGCCUGGCCCUGCGGCUGCUGCUCGGCUUUGGGCUGGGCCUGGAGGCCGCCCCGACCCCGGUCCCGAUCCAGUUCUUGGCCCAGGCCCCAGGGUCGUGCCCGCCCACCAGCUUCCAGUGCCGCACCAGUGGCUUCUGCGUGCCCCUCACUCUGCGCUGCGACAGGGACAAGGACUGCCCCGACGGCAGCGAUGAGGAGGAGUGCAGAAUCAAGCCUUGUGCCCAGGACGGAGAGUGCCAGCCACCCACUGGCAGCCCCUGCCCUUGUGACAACGUCGAUGACUGCCCAGAUGGCAUCGUGGAGAAUGUUCACAACUGCAGUUCCCAGCCCUGCCCGGCGGGGGAGCUCCGCUGCCUGCUAGGCGGUGCCUGCAUCCCACGCACCUGGCUCUGCGAUGGCCAUCCGGACUGUCCCGCCUCCAGUGACGAGCUUGGCUGUGGAACUGAGACCCUCCAGGAAGGGACUGCCACGUCCACGGGGACCCCUGUGACCCCGCACAGUGUCCCUUCUCUCAGGAAUGCCACAACGAGCCCCGUUGGGGACCAGGAUUCCGUCCAGUCUGGAAACCGGAGUGCUUGUGGGGUUAUCGCGGCUGCGGUGGUGCUCAGUGCCGGUGUGGCUGCCAUCUCCCUGUUCGUGCUGUCCCGGCUCUGUGCCCGGGGGUGCCUGCGCCCGCUGGGGCUGCUGAUGGUUGUGAAGGAGUCCCUGCUGCUGUCUGACAGGAGGACCUCACUGCUCUGAGGAUGAGCUAUUGCCACCACAGCUGGUUCCUGAGCAGGGCCAGCUAUGAGGACAUGUACCCCCGCAGCUGCUGGCGCACCAGCCCUCAGACGUGGGUCCUUCUGGCUGGGCAGCACCCGGACCUGAGCUCCUGAGCUGGCCCUGGAGAGGUUGGGGGUGCCGGGACCCUCCCCCUGGAUUCAGGGAGCCUGGGUGGGGAGUACAUCACAGCUGGGAUUGAGGGGCUGGCCCCAGGCUGCUCCCAGGGGCGACCCCACACGUAGACACUCCUGCUGCCCCCAUCUAAAGGUGCUGAUUAAAGUCGCUUCACAUCGUC